UAAAAAUACGUCGAUUGGAUUUCGUAGAUUGGUUUGUGAUUAUUUAUGAGGUUAUUGUGGUUUGCAUAAAAGAAAAAUAUGCAAUACGAUCGGCAAAAAGUUGCAGAGUAACGUGAAAGUGUCACCUGGCCAUGAUCGUUCGUGCCUACAGUUAAUUCAGCUCGUGCAAUCGGAUGCCUUUUUCGGCGAAUUUGUCUGGAUAUUCGAAGGAGGAAUAGAAAAUCGGAAUUACACCGGCUGGCUUAAGAUACUCGUACUCGCUUUCGUAAAGCCUUUACGAAUAUGGGUAUCGUCGUGGGAAAGUUUUGGAAAAAGAAAAGCACGUAUGAAAUAUUAGAAAAGCUAGAAAACGAUAUUACUUCCAUAGAAGAAUUUGGUAGACGCACUGAACAAUUUAGAAAAAAGGUUAUAACUCGAUUCGUUCUACUCGCUAUAACCUUUUACAUAGCCCUAGCAUGUCUCCUGUACUUUUACUACCAGAAAAUAGACUCGCACCAAAAAUUGGUUUAUUUUGUACCGUUUGUAGCCUUUCCGUUCAUAAUAUGGAUAUUAAAGAAAUUCCUCACUUGGUAUUACGCCAAGAAAUUGCAACGGAACGAAAAGAAACUGGUCAAACUCAAAGAGGAGAAGAAGAAGAUUAUAGACAACGUUAUGGAAACGGAGACUUACAAGGUCGCCAAGAAGAUUAUAGACAAAUUCGGAAACGAUAAAAUCCAACCGGAUACAACCGUUUCAACGAAGGUAAUCGCCAGGCAAAAUACGCCCGGUACAGCUCUCCGGCAACGUUUAUCGUUCAACACGCCGCUCGCAAAGAGGAAUCCGUCGGACCAAAUCGACAGGACUUUUACUAUGCAGCAACAACUCCAAGCCAGGCCUUUCUCGUUACCAUCGAGGAGGAAUCCAUCUACGCCGCUCUUGCCGCAAAGUAGCAGCACCCCGAUGAGUUUAUCGACAACCAGAAACGUGUUGCCUGGUAAUCGAUCGAUUUUGGACAAAAUGGUGGAUUAUUUGGUGGGAGACGGUCCGUCGAACCGGUACGCUUUGAUAUGCGCGAAGUGCUCCUUUCACAACGGGAUGGCUAUGAAGGAAGAGUUCGAGUACGUUUCGUUCGCGUGCUGCUAUUGCGGGCAAUUCAAUCCCGCCAGGAAGAAGAAACCGAUCGGGCCCAAGUUCGAGCACCGGCCGGUCGCCGAAACCGCCACGAGGGAUAGUAGUUCGGAUACGGGUGAUUCCUCGGAGACUGAAGAUGUAACGAAACGAUUGUCCGCGACGGAGACGAGGGAAUCUCCUAGGAGGAAUUCCGAUGGCGAGAGGACUUCGGAUUUCGAUAAGUUGUCCGAUUUCGAAGGGAAAGAGAGCGGGGCAAUCGGAGAGUCGACUGUUCGUCCGGAAACUACGAAAGAUCUGGAUAAAGGUGGGAAUGUGGUAGAAGGUAGUAACGAGUCGUGAGUCAUUUACAACAAGACUGAUAUUUUGUUUAAUAAUAAGGAAUGUUUCGUGAAAAAUGUGUUCGAAUUUUGAAUGGGUUUUUUACUGUGUACUCCCUCUCGUCAAUUAAUUUGAUUUCGUGUUGUUUCUUUUCUAAAUUUAACGUGUAUUUGUAGUAAUAACUAAUUCUUUUGUAGUUCAAAUGAACAUUAGAAUAAUUUUUAUUUCGUCGUUUCGUUUUUAAUCUUUUCGGAUGAAAACCAUUGCGAUUUGACAGGUGUACGAAAAAUUGUGAUAAUAAUAAUAAUUAUUUAUUGUUGCAUUGGUAAAUUUAAAUUUAAACAAAAAAAAGAAGAAAUAUAUUUUGUACGCUGUAUUUAACGGAUUUUUCAUUUUUUAUUUAAUUAUAAUUUCUUCGCUUGUUGGUUCAUUUAACGUUCAUUCUCGUUUGAUUUUGUUAAUAAAUUGCUGUUAAUUUGUUUUUU